UAAAACUAAAUUUUAAAAACAUAUACGGAACACAUAAUUUUUAAUACAAAAUUAAUGACUAAAAAAUAAAUAAUUAUAGAUACAUCAUUUCUUUUCAGUACUAUCAGAGAAACUCUCAAGGAAAGAAAAAAGGAAAAUGUUUUAAGAAAAUCAAAUCAUCACGCUCAAGCAAAAAAAAAAAAAAAAAGUCAUCCCGCUUAAGUCCGCCAACAUACAAUAAUCACACCCGCUGCUUAAUCGCGUCAUUUAAACCCUUCAUAAGCAAAACAACUCAUUUUCAUUUUCAUUUUAUUUUGUUUUGCCGCCUUGAGAGCCCGCCCUUUUUCCUCUGAACACUUUCACCUUUUUUCCCCAUCUCUCUCUGCUUCUUCUUCUUCUCGUCACGGAAGCAAGCUUUCUUUGCUUGAUUACACCACCGAGAUUUCCACUGAGAAGAAGAUCAAUAUCUGCAGAGAAACUUUUUGCAGCAAGGAGAUAUUUUCGAGAUCUCAUAAUUUUGAGGAUAUGGAUACGUCUAACCCUGCUGCUUUUGUGAAUGCUGAUCUUCUGCGCUUGUACGUCGGAAAGCGAGUUCGGGCGCUGAUUCAGGUUGUCCGAUCCGACGGAGGAUCCGUGGUCGGAAAAUCGACAGAUGAUGGCCAGAUAAUUGUAAAAGGCAAUCCACCCGUUCCCCCCACAAAUUUUGUUGAGGUCAUUGGUGUUGCUGAUAGUGACAAAUCUAUCCGUGCUGAAAUAUGGACCAACUUUGGUGAUGCAAUUGACACGCACAAUUACAAUCAGCUUUGUCAGCUUGCAAAUUCAGAUUUCAAACACUUGUUCAUCUGAGGUCCGAUGGCAAUCAAUUGAUCGGUGAUUUCAACCUUAUGAGAAUGUAAGCAGUUAGUAGAUAAUGACAAGGGAGUCGGUCUCUUUAUAAGUACCCUUAGAAAAGUUUUUGAAGUUCUCAUGAACUAUUGGUAGGUUAUGGAGUGGUUCAAUCUCUCUUUGAUCUUUGUACAAGACGUGUUUAAAUCUAUAUGAAUGAAACUGUGUUCUACUGGUUAAAGAGACGCUUUCAAUCGUUUUAUGCAAUAUAUUGUCUAUUGGAUCU